GGCAAAGCCCAGAGGUAAAGCACAUGGACUCGCGAUAUGCCAGAAGGAAAGAUCUCGUCGCAUCACCGCUUAACUCGUAUUUUCCAUUCAUCUGAUUUUUACGUUAUGACCAGAUUCUUGGGUGGGUGAAGAGCUUUUGAUGUUAAAAGUGAUGUUUUGUCUGCGCUUGUAUGCCUUCUAUUUUUCACAUUGUGAUCUUCGUCAUGGUUUCUAGUCGAAUCUGUUGCAUAUUAUGCAUGCAGCUAGAUGAAAUCAGUCGUCCCACUGUCGUACUAGCAUCACAGGAAACCAGGCACCCCGCUGUCGCAGGUCAGUCCUUUGUCAGUUUCACCGGUCAGAAGUCCUACCCGCUGGCAGCCAUCGGGUGCCGCUGUUUCUUCACCGGCGGAUCCAGCACGCGUGCGAGAGCGUGUGAAGUUCAACCGAGACCAGUCCAAGCGGCUUCACAAUGCACUGGGUAACCUAGGGCCCUACGAAGGGUCCACUCCUUCUGGUACGGCUCCCAUUUUUGUGGUGAAGGAGACCAAUGAGAGAACGGAAAAUCAAGACGGUUCAGGUGACGCUGGUACGACCGUGUCCGAAAGCAAACAAAACAUUUAUGCGGCUCUUGAUUGUGGUUCUACAUCGCGACAUCAGAAUGAUGUCGAGGCAACUGCUUUUUAACAUGAGCGAGUCUUCCUUGUUGUUGUCAAAUAAUGCAUGCUCAUCUACAAAGGACGCAUUUACAUCCUUUAAACUAGUAAGGUCAGAAGAGAAACACGCAUCUAAUUUUCAGGAGGUGACUCGAUCGUUCCUCACGACUCGAGCUCCACAACAGAAGAUGAAGUGCAUACUUUGACGCGAGCCGCUAUGCGAGAUGCGCAGGCAAAAAGGGAUACGGAGAUGGCGUCCUGGCAUGCAGUGCUAGACCGGGAGGCAAGGAGCCGCUUCAGGCUGCCACUGGACGAUGGUACAGGAGCUGGGCAGGUAGAGUACGUACAAGCUCGUGGUGAUUCGCCACCGAGUGGAGAAGAGAGCCGUAAUGAAACCACGAAAGGACCGUCUGUUUUGUUUUACGAAGCGGAGGACGUCGGAGCUGCUGGUACAGGUCCCGCCCAGAGCAGCGCAUCCUCGUCAGGGAAACUUCAACUUCCUCCACCAAAUACCAAGAGUGACA